AUGUUUCAAGAUGACGAUGAAGAAACAUAUCAAGGAAAAUAUGAAAAUGGCCAUUGGGAGUGGGAUAGCAAUGACAAAAUGCUAAACUUUGUAAGACUAAGUGCCCGUUUACGUUUCUUGGAAGUUUUCAUAUCUCAGCCGGAGCGUAAUUUUGGGGAGCUUGAUGUUUCUCUAGGCAUAAUAGGACAGCCGCGUUCAGCAUUUGAUACAAUGCUAAAAGUAAUAAAGACGACUGCAACUACAAGUUCGUCAUCCGCAAGUAUGAAGCAUUCUGCGUCAAGGUCUUCAAGGACGUCCCGUGUCAUGUCAUCUCGAAAAAGUACAGCUGCUGGAGCACCUUUGAAACUUUACCCCGAUAUUUAUAUACCAGAAGCCGGUAGAAUGAUAGAAAGUUUACCGGAGCACUUUCCUCACGAACCUCUUGCUAAGCUCCCAAGUAAUGAGGAGCAACGAUUAAAAUGGUUAAAACAGGUUUUAAGUCAAAAGAAAAGACAA